UAUUGCCCACCUGGUCUAUGGGGUCGCUCAGGUCAUGUGCAGACGGUCACCUAUGGUCUGCUUGGCCAUGCUUCACUCCGAAGAGUUUUCGAUCGACGGUGUGCAGUUCGACUUGCUGACGGCUCUACCGUAACCUUUGACGUAUUUGAUCCAACCAAAAAGCAUGAGAGUGGUCUCGAUCUCACGCUGGCACUGACUCCAGGAAUCGCCAACUGUAGUGAAAGCAACUACAUUCGCACCUGCGUGCAUUACGCUCAGGAAGCGGGGAAGGAUUUGAAAACUGCGGAAUUAUGGCGUCUAAAACCAUUUACGUAUCGAUGUGCAGUUUUGAAUCAUUUGGGUGCACUCCGUAACGUAAAAUUGACAGGAAACAGGAUUUUCACUUAUGGCGGUACCGAGGAAUUAAAUGCGAUGAUGAACCAGCUGUUUCGUGAUUAUCCAAAUUCAUAUUUCAUUAAUAUCGGUUUUUCGAUGGGCGCCAACAUCACCUCUCGAUUCCUCACUCAAGUCACAGAGGAGCAA